AUGUUGUACGCAACGGCCGAGACCCGGACGUGGAAGUUCCUAAAGCUCAUUGCGCUCAAGGAGAAUGUGACGGGCCUCAACUUUGUCGCGUUCGUCCUCGCGUCGGGCCUCGCGAUCUGCAUGUACGUCUUCCUCAGCUCGACGCAGGGCUUCGUGCUCGGCGACAUUUUGCAAGUGCCCGUGACCAAGAUUGGCGACAUCUCGGGCAACCUCACGCUCUUUGACGAGUGCGUCUCGCUCAUCAUGGUCUACGUCUGGGGCGUCUACAGCGACCGCAUUGGCCGCCACGGCAUUUAUGGCCUCGGCUUUGUCCUCAUCGGCGCCGGCCUCCUCGCCUACCCAUAUGCGACCAGCUACAACUCAGAUCUGAUCGCUUACCGCGCGUUAUACGCGCUCGGUGCGGCCGCCACGUCAUCGAUGCUCACGGCGGUGCUAGCCGACUACGCGGCCGAAAGCGACCGGGGCAAGAUCAGUGGCCUCGUCGGGCUCAUGUCGGGCGUGGGCGCACUCCUCGCGGUGUUUGUGUUUCUUCCGCUCCCGACCAAGUUUGCAUCGGUCGUCGACGGCCUCCGCAUCUCGUAUGCGAUUGUCGGCGGUGUCUCGAUUGCGUUUGGCUUUUUCCUUCUCUACGCGCUCCGGCCCAAGUCCACCAACAAGGACUCGGCGCUGCUCACCCACGACCACGAGACGACUGGACUGGAGCAGUCCAAGGGCGACGACCGGCCGCCGACGUUUCUGGAAGGUUUCAAGGCAGGCGUCGCCGCCGCGUCCGACGGCAAGGUCCUCUUGGGCUACAUGGGCAGCUUCCUCGCGCGCGGCGACACGAUCAUCAUUACGAUCUUCUUGCCGCUCUGGGUCUACAAGUAUUACAUUGAAAACAAGUUGUGUGACGCGACCGACGUCAACGCGCCCGACAUCAAGGACGACUGCCGGAAGGCGUACGUCACGGCGUCGAUCGUUGGCGGCGUCGUGCAGACCGCCGCGCUCGUCGCCGCGCCUCUCUUUGGCUACAUUGGCGACCGCCUGUACCGUCCAUUGGUCGUCUUGCUCUCGACAAUCAUUGGGUUCGUCGGGUACUUUUGGAUGUACGCAUCGACCGACCCGACCUCGCCCAUCAUGUUUGCUGUCGCGAUUGUCGUCGGUGUCGGCGAGAUGGGCAUCAUCGUCUCGUCGCUCUCGCUCGUCACGUCCAAGGCCAUUCCCGCGCAGCUCCGUGGCAGCGUCAGCGGCGCGUACUCGUUCUGCGGCACGAUCGGGAUUCUCAUCACGUCCAAGCUCGGCGGGUACCUCUUUGACCACUGGACGUCGACAGCACCCUUCUUCAUCAUGGCGGUCGGCAACGUCGUUUGCGCGCUCGUUGCGAUAUGUGUCAUGUACAAGGACGUGGCCAAGGCGCGCGUGUCGACGUCGGGCGAGCGCAUCCCACUCUUGCGCUCGCUACGGGAGAUGCAGCUCAACCAAGACGAGCUGCGGCUGCUGCACCAGCAGUAG